GGGAGGCCGGCAUCAGGGCAGGGUGCUUGGGGCUAUGGGAGCCAAGAGCCUCCCAGUGCAUUCUGGGGUCUUUGGUUAUGCCUGCUGGAUCAGAAAGAUGGGCCCUAGCCCCCAGACUAGAGAUGAGUGUGGGACGAUGGGCUGCCAAGCACAGCUCCUGCAGGGCUGCCUGGUGGCUGAGCACUCGAGUCUCAUCCCUGCUGCCCCAGGGCCCUCCCCAGCCUGGGCAGUUCCAGGGAGGAGCUUCCCCGAGCCGCACCAGCCCGGCUCCCAGGGAUGGAGAUGGGGUGGGUGCUCUCUGCUAGCCCAGAGCCCGCGCUCAUCUCCAGUUCUCAGGUUGUGGUGAUGCAAGAGUUCUGCCCUGAGCAGCUAGGCAACCUUGGCCAGCCACUGCCCCCUUUCAAAGGUGAACACAGCAAGAUUUAUGACAAGUACGCUAUCAGCCCAGAGGCGCAUAAAAGCAGGAGAAAGCGUGCUCGCCCGUCGUCUGCGCAGGAGGUUGUCCCGAGGCACCUGCAGCGUCCAGGCAUGGCUCUGUGGCCGAGCGUCUUCCUCCUGGGGCUGCUGCCGCUCCUGGGGCGAGGUGCAGAUCAGAUCCAAACCUCUUCUGGAAAGAACACAUUGGAAGGGCAGCUCUGGCCAGAGAGCCUGAAGACUUUUCCAUUCCCAUGCGACCCAAAGACAUUAGCAGAGAGCGUGCCCUCUGAGUCAGUUCACUCUCUGAGGCCUUCUGACAUUAAAUUUGUUGCAGCCAUUGGCAAUGUGGAAACUGCUCCAGACUCAGGGGCGGACGACCUAGAGGAGCAAGACGGGACGGAGAAGAGGCCAGAGCAGGCGUGCAUGGGCGUGGUGACCGUCCUUUCAGACAUCAUCGGCCGUUUCAGUCCUUCUGCUCUGAUGCCGCUGUGUCCUGAGACAAGACUUGUACCUCGUGGAGGUGCUGAAGACUUGUGGAUGCAGGCUACAGAGCUGGUGAGAAGCAUGAGAGAGAACCCGCAACUUGACUUUGAACAUGACUGGAAGCUCAUCAACGUGUUCUUCAGUAACACAAGCCAGUGUUUCCCGUGUCCCUCUGCUCAACAGAAGGGGCUCGUGCUGGGGGGCAUGGACAAGCUGACAAGGACCCUGGACUACCUGCAGCAGGAGGUCCCCAAAGCGUUCGUCAACCUGGUGGAUCUCUCGGAGUUGGCAGCAUUCUCUCGCUGGCGUCAGGGGGCUCAGCUCAGCCCAGCAGCCGAGCCCUGCAGGUGCUUAAGGGAAACCUCCCAGCUGACCAAGGUCCUGACGCAGUGGUCCUACCUGGAAGCCUGGGACAGCCUCCUGGCGUCCAGCAAGUACAACACACAGGAGGCCUUCGCGGUGGUCUUCCAGCCUUUCUUCUACGAGAGCUCGCUGUCGGCGCUGUUGGCGGAGCCCCCACUCCAGGACCCCACCACGCUGGCCCUGAGUCUCUGGAACAGAAUGAUGGAGCCCAUAGGGCGCAAAGAAGAGCCGUUCAGUGAGAAGGAGAGGAAGCCACUGAGAUGCCCCUCACAGGAGAGCCCCUACCUAUUCACCUACAGGAACAGCGGCCAGCUGACCAGGGUGUCACAGCCCCAGGGGAAGCUCGAGGUGAGAGAAGGGACGGAAAUCCGCUGUCCCGACAAGGACCCCUCCGACUCGGUUCCCACCUCAGUUCACAGGCUGAAGCCCGCCGACAUCAAGGUCAUAGGCGCCAUGGGUGACUCCCUCACGGCAGGCAACGGGGCGGGGUCCCAGCCUGGGAACAUCCUGGAUGUCUUUACUCAGUACCGAGGCCUCUCCUGGAGCGUCGGGGGCGAUCAGAACAUCAGCACGGUCACCACCCUGGCCAACAUCCUCCGGGAAUUCAACCCUUCCCUGCAGGGCUUCUCCGUCGGCACCGGGAGAGAGACCACUUCCCAAGCCUUCUUCAACCAGGCAGUGGCGGGCGCCCGAGCCGAUGGGUUAAUUCCCCAGGCCCAGCGGCUGGUGGCCCUGAUGAAGAAUGACACGAGGAUAAAUUUUCAGGAGGAUUGGAAGAUAAUAACCGUGUUCAUUGGAGGCAACGACCUCUGUGAUUUCUGCAAUGACCCGGUGCGCUACUCCCCCCAGAACUUCACGGACAACAUCGGGACGGCCCUGGACAUCCUCCACGCUGAGAUUCCCCGGGCCUUUGUGAACCUGGUGAAGGUGCUUGAGAUCUCCAAGCUGAGAGAGCUGUACCAGGAGACUAAAGUGAGCUGCCCCAGGAUGAUCCUCAGGUCUCUGUGUCCCUGUGUCCUGAAGUUCGAUGACAACUCCACAGAAAUUGCCUCCCUCAUCGAAACGAUCAAGGAGUAUCAGGAGAGGACCCAGCAGCUGAUUGACAGCGGGCGAUACGACACGAGGGACGACUUCACGGUGGUUUUGCAGCCGUUUUUUGAAAAAGUGAACAUGCCAAAGACCCAGGACGGGCUACCCGACAACUCUUUCUUCGCGCCCGACUGCUUCCACUUCAGCAGCAAGGCCCACGCGCACGCAGCUAGCGCCCUCUGGAACAACAUGCUGGAACCUGUUGGCCAGAAGACAACACACAAUGAUUUUGAAGGAGCAGUCAACAUUACGUGUCCAAACCAGGUCUGGCCGUUUCUGAGUACCUACAAGAACAGCGUGCAGGGUUUUGGGACCUGGCUGCCGUGCAGAGACAGAUCCCCGUCUGCCUCGCCCCCCACCUCAGUGCACGCCCUGAGACCCGCAGAUAUCCAAGUUGUGGCUGCUCUGGGAGAUUCUCUAACUGCUGGCAUUGGAAUUGGCUCCAAACCAAAUGACCUCUCAGAUGGCACCACUCAGUAUCGGGGACUGUCAUAUAGUUCAGGAGGGGACGGCUCCCUGGACAACGUGACCACCUUGCCUAAUAUCCUCCGGCAGUUCAACAGCAACCUCAUGGGCUUCGCCGUGGGCACUGGUGAUGCCAGUGGCACCAAUGCUUUCUUCAACCAGGCUGUUCCCGGAGCAAAGGCGAGGGAUCUUAUGAGCCAAGUGCAGACUCUGGUUCAGAGGAUGAAGGACGACCAUAGAGUAAAUUUCCAAGAAGAUUGGAAGGUCAUCACGGUGCAGAUCGGAGCCAGUGACUUGUGUGACUACUGCACGGAUUCGAACCUGUAUUCUGCAGCCAACUUUUACGACCAUCUCCGAGACGCCUUGGACGCCCUCCACAGAGAGGUGCCCAGAGCUCUGGUCAACCUCGUGGACUUCAUGAACCCAAGUGUCACACGACAGGUGUUCCUGGGGAACCCCGACAAGUGCCCAGUGCAGCAGGCCAGCGCCCUGUGUAACUGCGUCUUGAGCCCCCGGGAGAACUCCUAUGAGCUGGCCCGGUUGGAGGCCCUCGCACAAGCCUACCAGAGCAGCCUGCGGGAGCUGGUGGAGUCCGGCCGCUACGACACGCGGGAGGACUUCUCCGUGGUGCUGCAGCCCUUCUUCCACAGCAUCCAGCUCCCCGUCCUGCAGGACGGGCGCCUGGACACGUCUUUCUUCGCCCCAGACUGCGUCCACCCAAAUCAGAAGUUCCACUCCCAGCUCUCCAGAGCCCUCUGGCGCAAUAUGCUGGAGCCCCUGGGAGGGAAAACGGAUGCACUGGACCUGACGGCAGCCAUCACCCUCACCUGCCCCACUCAGAACGAGCCUUUCCUGAGAACCUUCCGGAACAGUGACUACACCUACCCCAGCAGGCCAGCCGUCGAGAACUGGGGCAGUGACUUCCUGUGCACCGCGUGGAAUGCUUCCAGGGGUGUUCCGAACUCAGUCCAUGAGCUCCAACCAGGAGAUAUCAAAGUCGUAGCUGCCCUGGGUGACUCGCUGACGCUGGCCAUGGGCGCUCGACCAAGCAACUCCAGUGACCCACCCAUGUUCUGGAGGGGCCUCUCCUGGAGCAUUGGUGGGGACGGGGCCUUGGAGACUCACACCACACUGCCCAACAUUCUGAAGAAGUUCAACCCUUCCAUCCUGGGGUUUUCUACUGGAACCUUGGAGGGAACCAUGGGACUCAACGUAGCAGUGCAAGGGGCCAGAGCUCAGGAGCGUGCUGUGCUGGGUGUUUGCUUUGUAGGAGGACUGCUGCGUGGAGGUCACCAGGGAAACGCGGCUGCGUGACUCACUGUUUACAGGGACUGCUCCCCGCUCCCCCCAGCAGCCCUCACCUGGGCCCUUGGCUGGGUUUGUAAGUCUGAGCCACAGGAAGCGUUGUCAGUUCCUCAACGUCACAAGCAGGAAGAAGUUAUUUUUCUGCAAAAAUACUGGGCUUUGCAGAGCCAUGGUGCCAACGUCAGAUCACUGUAGUCAUUGUAAUUUCCAUAGCGCAGGCUUCGAGAAGCAGGGGUUUGUGUCUUGGUCUGCGGGCGCUGAAGCCCUCCCCCCUUUCUCUCCCUUUUGUCUGUCUCGUGCUGCUGAGCCUCUCUGCCAGAGGAGCUGGGAACUGCAGCAGCUGAUGUCCAGCAUUAGAGAGAGGAGAGCAAGCCCUUGACUGAAGCAAGGUUGUGGAAUUGUUCGGGGACUCUAUCACCACUCUGUCAUUCACAACACUGUGGACGAGACCGAGUUCACCUGCGGACAGAGAUAAACUGCACAGCCCGGCACCUAAGAUGAUGAGGUCUAGGGGUUUAGAGUGGCUGUGUCUAUGUCCCAGCUCUAAGGCUUGCCAGCUGGGGGAACGUGGGCAAGUUUCCUGGCCUGAGUCUUCUUUGUGUCAUCUGUAGAUGGAGAUAACAAAAGUACCCCCUCAGUGUAGGCAUAGGGGGAACUGAGGUUAAAUAGUCUAUUUAGCACAGCACAGAAUAUGCAAGCACACAGAAGUGUUGGUGUUAUUAGGAAAUCAAAGUUUUAUUCCAGGUCUAACCUUCAGCGAUGAGCAAGGAUUUGUUCAGUUGCUGCAAAGGACUGGGCCCGAGGUGGACCCCAAAAGGCGAGUCCCCUGUGCCUGGAGAGCUCGCGGUCUGGUUGAGGAGAGUGAGCCAUGGGGAAAUCGCUUCUGGAAAAAAGACAGCGUUGUGUGUGUGGAAGACUCGCUGCCCGAAGCCUCCUGUGCUUGGUCGUGGAGCGCAGCUAGGGGAACGGAACAGUAUCAAGUAGCAGCUGGGCCCUCUAAACAUAGACACAGACCCCGUCAUCCUCCAGUGCGACCUCUUCCCUUAGAAAUGGAGUUGGCCCUAGCGGGAUUCAGGCACUCAUGCAAGCAGCGCCCACAGCAAGUUAACAGCAGAGCUGCAGGUGGAAGCCCUGGUCCCUGGAGUUAAAAAGGAGGUAGAGGGGAUGUGAACGGGCUCAGAGGAAAGGUUUGACUCAAUUCGGGCCUGGAGCGAGGCGGGAGGUGGCUGCGGGCCUGCCUGCCUUCCUUCCCUGGCGACCGGUGAGGGCUUACCACCCAGGAAUCCUCUGGGGCACAUCGUGAACCUGUCAAAGUGAUGGGCACGUCUGUGGUCACCUUUAACCAGGCAGGCUUUCCUCCUGGCGUUCUGAUGGGCUCAUCACCAGCUAUAAGGUAGGGGUGUGAUCCGAGAUGUGUAGAUUCACCUCGAUGAGUACAAGGGCAGGGGUGGGGCUGUGUGUGCUUGACCACGGGCCCAGCUGCCUGCAGACAGGCAAAGAUUGGAAGGGGCCCAGCCGGUGCUGGCUACUGCUUUUGUGACUUCUUGCACAAUAGUUUGGUUACGUGCCCUUUGCUGCCCUCUCUCUCACACACACACGCUGUGCAUCUAUAGAAACAACUUUAUUGAGGUCUAAUUGACAUGCAAUAAACUUUACAAAAGUAUAGGAUUUGGUAAAUUCUGUCAUCCGUAUACACCUGUGAAGCCAUCAUCACUGUCAAGAUGACAACCCUGCUCAUCCCCACAGCUGCCUCCUGCCCCGUUGUCAUCUCUCCCUCCCACCCCUUCCUGUCUCUCCAG